UGCAGAACGUGGUUUAUUUUACUACAACAGUCUGCGGAUGUUUUUAAUGUGUUUAGUUUUCCUGUGGAUGUGAUGCUGACGGAUCAUGGCGAAUUCACUAAAGGAACGAAAUAUAUUGUGGAUAUAUAUGACUGUAUUUUAUUUUCUUCCGAGGAUAUCUUCCGGGCAGAUUGUGUAUUCUGUUUUGGAGGAGGCCAGUCCGGGGACUACAGUAGGCAAUAUAGUAAAAGAUUUAAACCUUAAUUUGCAAGAACUGGAAAACCGUGGAUUUCAGAUCGCUUCUGGACCCAACAAGAGGUAUUUCGAUGUAAAUAUGAAAACGGGAAUACUUCAAAUUAAAGAUAAAGUAGACAGAGAGGAGCUAUGUGGACGUAUCUUAAAAUGUGCCUUAGAAUUGGAGGCCAUUGUUAAUUCGCCAUUGAACAUGUACCGAUUUGAAGUACAUGUAUUGGAUAUAAACGACAAUUCUCCAACAUUUCACUCUUCAUCGUUACAAUUAAAUGUAUCUGAAGCGGCAUUUAUAGGGGAAAGGUAUGCAUUACCAAACGCUUUAGACGCGGAUGUGGGCAGUAAUUCGGUAAAGAGCUACAAACUCAGUGCAAAUGAACACUUUUCUCUCGAUGUUCAGAGCGGAGGGGAACAGAGUGUGUCCGCAGAGUUAGUGCUGCAGAAAGCUUUAGAUCGAGAGAAACAACCGGCGAUUCAGCUCACACUGACCGCUGUAGACGGAGGAAAACCUCCAAGAUCAGGAGCAAUAAGUAUAACUGUUAAUAUCAUAGAUGCAAACGACAAUAUCCCUGUGUUUACAAAGUCACUUUACAAAACACGAAUUCCAGAAAAUGCUCCCAUUGGAACUUCCGUUAUCACAGUACACGCGAGUGAUGCGGACGAUGGACAAAACGGAGAGAUUGUAUAUUAAUUCAUUAAACAUGUUAAUGAUAGAAAUAUCGAGUCAUUCGCAAUCAAUCAAGUUUCUGGUGAAAUAACAGUUCAUGGUAAAUUAGACCACGAAUCAAUUAAUGCUAUUGAAAUACGUGUGCAAGCGAGAGAUAGAGGUCCGCUUCCAAGAGCAGCUCAUUGUAAAGUAUUGGUCGAAAUAAUGGACAUUAACGACAAUAUUCCGGAAAUAUCUGUAACGUCUUUUGUUAAUGUUGUGAAGGAGGAUUCACAAAAAGGGACAAUGGUCGGUCUGAUUACAGUAAAAGAUGACGAUUCUGGCGAAAAUGGAUCUGUAAAAUUGAAAAUAGUCGAUUCCCUUCCGUUUGUAUUACAGAACAC